UGGGGGGGGAGAAUGUUUUGACUUCUCCAACUUGGAGGGCUCCUGGGUAGACCUUCCUUGUUUGGGGUGGGGGAGGCAGAAACUGAAGCUGAGCCGAGACUGAAGCCGCGAGGGGGCUGCCGGCCCCACCUUGGACUUUUUGAGGAGGGGGUCUAGAAACCUUGGGGGGGGAGAAACCCACCAAAGCCAGCGUUCUCCCCCCAACCCCAAUAUCUACACACCUGGCAUAUUCACCUGGCAGCAAGACUUUGGGUUUUCCCUGCAGCCCCGCUCAGCAUGGCCCCCUUCCCGGGCAGCUAGGGGGCCUUCGGCGCCUGACUGGGGACCGCAGGGCCUUGUCUGCGUGUGCCCCCCAGCCCCCGCUCUCCGGCCAUGGCCUCCGUCCCCGUCUAUUGCCUCUGCCGCCUGCCCUACGAUGUCACCCGCUUCAUGAUCGAGUGCGACGUGUGUCAGGACUGGUUCCAUGGCAGCUGUGUCGGAGUGGAAGAAGAUGCAGCAGCCGACAUUGACUUGUAUCACUGUCCGAACUGCCAGCUCCUUCAUGGACCGUCUGUCAUGAAACGGCGCCGGGGGAACCAGAAACAGCCCGACUCGGCUGCCGGCAAAGACGUGGGCAAGACGGUGAAGACGGGCAGCACCCAGUUCAUUAAGGAACUCCGCAGCAGGACGUUUCCCAGUGCGGACGAGGUGAUCCUGAAACCGAGCGGAGCCCAGCUGACGGUGGAGUUCCUGGAGGAGAACAGCUUCAGCGUCCCCAUACUGGUCCUGAAGAAGGACGGGCUGGGCAUGACGAUCCCGCCCCCUUCCUUCACCGUGCGGGACGUAGAGCAUUACGUGGGGGCCGACAAGGAGAUCGACGUCAUCGACGUGACCCGCCAGGCGGACCUGAAGAUGCGCCUGGGGGACUUCGUGAACUACUACUGCGGCAGCCGUCGGGAGAAGGUCCUUAACGUCAUCAGCCUGGAGUUCUCCGAGACCAGGCUCUCUAACUUGGUGGAGACCCCCAAGAUCGUGCGCAAGCUCUCCUGGGUGGAGAAUCUGUGGCCGGGAGAGUCGGUGUUUGAGCGCCCCAACGUCCAGAAGUACUGCCUUAUGGGGGUGCGGGACAGCUACACAGACUUCCACAUCGACUUCGGGGGCACCUCGGUCUGGUACCAUGUGCUGCGGGGAGAAAAGAUCUUCUACCUGGUGCGCCCCACAGCUGCCAACUUGACGCUCUUUGAGGCCUGGAGCAGCUCGUCCAACCAGAAUGAGAUGUUUUACGGGGAUCAGGUGGACAAGUGCUAUCGCUGCCCUGUCCUAUAUAAACGAACAAUGCUUCCUCCCUCAGGCUGGAUCCAUGCCGUGUUGACCCCUGUGGACUGCCUCGCCUUCGGGGGCAACUUCCUGCACAGUCUCAACAUUGAGAUGCAGCUCAAGGCCUAUGAGAUUGAAAAACGCCUCAGCACGGCUGACUUCUUCAAGUUCCCCAACUUUGAAACCAUCUGCUGGUAUGUCGGCAAACAUCUUCUGGACAUCUUCCGAGGUCUUCGGGAGAACCGCAGGCACCCCGCCGCAUACUUGGUUCACGGAGCCAAAGCCCUGAACACAGCCUUCCGCUCCUGGACCAAGAAAGAGGCCCUGGCUGAGCACGAAGAAGAAAUCCCGGGCACCGUUCGUCCAGCUCAGCUCAUCAGAGAUCUGGCCAAGGAGAUCCGACUGGUGGAAGACAUGUUCCAGCAGAACAUCGGGAAGACAGGCACCCCGUUCGGCCUGCAGAGGGGCACGCAGCCCGGCGCCACCGCCAAGAAGGGAGACCAGAGCCCCAAGGAGUCGGGGAGGAAAGGCAGCCGGCGGGACGUGGCCACGGUCAAAGCCCUGGAGCUGGAGCUGCUGAACAAAUACACGCGGCAGGCCCUGAAGGGCGUGGAGAGCCCCAGCCAAGAGGAGUUUGAUUUGCCAAGUUCCAGCCUGGAAGACACAGAAGGGGAACCGGACCUGACGGAGGAGGAGCCGUCCUUGGUGGUGGCUAACGGCCGGGGCAGCAGGAAGGUCAAGGCUUCUGAGCGGGCCCGGAGCCGUAAAGGCGCGCGAGCCCCGCCCAGCCCGUCUGACGCCGAGGCCCUGGACAUCGACUCCGAAGAAGACCUGCAGAUUGACGAGACGCCGCGCCGGGAAAGGCGGAGCCUGGUGCUGCGCAAGAGACUGCCCAAAUUUCCCCGGAAGUUGCCACGAGCCAAACCCUGUUCUGACCCGAACCGAGUGCGGGAGCCUGGGGAAGUGGACUUCGACAUUGAGGAGGACUACACCACAGAAGAGGACGAGGAGGAGGAGGAGGCAUCUGGCGAUGAACAGCUGGAGGGCGGCAGCAGCGCCGGCGGGAUCCUGGACCUGCUGAAAGCCAGUCGGCAGGUGGGCGGCGCAGACUACGAUGAGCUCAGCUUCCUUGGACGCCCAAGGUGGGGCACCAAUGAUGGCCCAGGGCUCCUGGUGGGGUCCACUGCCUCUGGCCCCCCCACUCACGCACCUCCCCCGUCACCUGUCUCCAGAGUUUACCCUUCCUUGGAAUCUGAUGAAGAUGACCCAGCGUUGAAGUCGCUACCAAAGAAAAAGAAAAGCACGGACGAUGCUCCAUGGAGUCCCAAGGCCCGCGUCACCCCAUCCCUGCCCAAGCAGGACCGCCCCGUGCGCGAGGGCACCCGAGUCGCUUCCGUCGAGACGGGGCUGGCGGCAGCGGCGGCCAAGCUGGCUCAGCAGGAGCAGCAGAAGCUGCAGCGAAGGAAGCUCGUCGUGAAAAGGAAGCCGCCAUCCCCAAAGGCGCCCAGCCCGGAGCCGGAGCCGGAACCCGCGGAGGAAGAAGUGGAACUUGAACUUCCCCCGCCGCAACAGGAGCCGGACCCCGUGGAGCAGCAGAAGCUGCAGCGAAGGAAGCUCGUCGUGAAAAGGAAGCCGCCAUCCCCAAAGGCGCCCAGCCCGGAGCCGGAGCCGGAACCCGCGGAGGAAGAAGUGGAACUUGAACUUCCCCCGCCGCAACAGGAGCCGGACCCCGUGGCAACGCCGGUGCCCACCCCUCCCACGCCCGAACCCAAGCAGGAGCAGUUUGCCGGCAGCCUCGUGGACCACGAGUACACGGCCCGGCCCAACGUCUUCGGGAUGGCCCAGGUGAACCGCGGCUCGACGCCCAUGGCGCCGGGAGUCUUCCUGUCCCAACGGCGCCCUUCGGCCGGCUCGCCGGGUCCCCAGGCUGCACAGGGGAAACGCCCCAAGAAGGGCUUAGCGACGGCUAAGCAGCGGCUCGGCCGCAUCCUGAAGAUCCAUCGCAACGGCAAGCUCCUGCUCUGAACGCUGUCCCCAGGUCAGCUCCAGACCUCACCCCCCUCCCCGGGACGCUCAAGGAGGAGGGGCGAGGGGGCACAGAGACGUAUUUGGAGGCGCGCUACCAGGACAACGGGGUGUGGACCCGGCCCACGUGGCCUCCCUCUCCCCACGUGGAUCAGAGUCAGGACGGAGCUGCCCCUGCCGCCGGAAGCCUCGGACUAGACCGGCAGCGGCUCCAACCUCUGGCUGAACUGUGGGCCAUGCAGCUGGCCCCGCGGGGGCUCUCGAUCCCUACCUCGACCCACUGCACUUCCUUUCGUUCUGGGGCUGAUACCUCGGGAGGAUUUCUUCUUCUCCCCUCUGCCAAAUGGCGCGAGGAGGCGUCGGUUAGCCCCUCGUUCCCCCCCACCAAAACUGCUUCAUCACCUUUUGAAUUUUGGCUGUUGCACACGACAACCUGGCAUCUCAGUGUGGUGUUAUUUUUGUUUGUUUGUUUCUUUCCUUAACGGUUUUUCCCCCCAGCAGGAAGCAACCUCUCGAUGCCUUCAUUGAAAAGGAUAGCCCGUCCUUCCUUCCCCUCUUCUUCCUCUUUCUGUCUGUCUCUCUUUCUUUUUCCGUCUUUCUUU